AUGUCCGGUCGAGUUGUGCCUCAACAAGCCGACAGUGUCCCUGUCAGUGGACUGGCAGAAUUGCACGCCCAUCUCGCCGAGCUACAUCAACCUGGAAACGAACAAGCAUCGCUGAACAACAAGCUCUUUGACGAUGUUGAACUUCAACUCACACCUUCGAAUAUCCCCAUCAUCCAGCCAACUCUUCUCCCUCCGCUGAUGUCUCUUCUCAAAACCACAACACAAGAUCCUACCGUGGUCUUUUCCCUUACCACCAAGCUUCUUUCUCCUCUCUCAUUCACACAGUGUCUCUCCCUAGGUGGAGCUGAAUCCAUUAUUGAGGCUCUCAAGUCGCCUCUUGCAGGCGCAAACCUCCUCGCUCUCAAUAUCCUCCAAAAAGCUGCUAGCAAUGCCAGAGAAGUCGACGCUCUAGCUGCCCAACCUGAAGUUGUCGAGGAGCUACUUCGCACAUGGCUGAGUUCCCCAGAUGCCGAUGUUGGAGGACGCUCUACGAGAGUCUUGGGCAGUCUUCUUGAAACGGAUUGUGAUAUUAUGCCUGAGACACAGCCAACUACGACGAACGGCGUUAACGGUGCUAUUUCUUCGGAAACGGAGCUUGUGAAGCGACAUAUCCCUGGACAUGCCAGCCUUUGGCGCUUGGUUAUUUGGGAUCAUCAUUACCUCGAGAUCAUCGUCUCCCUCUGCCGUCCCGCAACCAUCGACCGACAGGCAACGUUUGCGCAAGAUCGUCUAUUGAGAAUCAUCCCCCGUCUUACCGCCCUUCAUCCUCGUGCGAUGGCCAUAUCUCCAUUUGCAGAUCUACUUCCUCUGCCCGAUUAUGCAGACCAAUCUAUCGGCCAUGGAUUACUGCAGUGGGCGGCGCUGAACAUGGUUGACACAACCGAUGUUCUCAUGCACCAGACUCUUAUUGUCUUCUUUGAGGCGUUUGUGAGCAUUAUGCGGAUUGCAGGCGAGUCGGCCGAGAAAGAUGCCAUCGUGCGCAACGUUGUGAAAACAGCUAUUUCGCAGGAUCAGGAACUGAAACAGUCCUUGGAGAUGCUUCCAAAUCGGACGGUGCAGGAGGAAGCGGAGCCUCUCGCUAAGUAUAUCAGCAGAAUACUGAAUUAA